CAUACGUACAUAUAAAAUAUAAAAUUAUUCCCUAUCCUACCGGUAAACAAAAAGCUAGGUAGAAAUUGGAAUUCUUGUUCAAAAAACCGAGACUCGAAAGAAUAUUAGAUAAGCAUUUGCAAGAGGUAUUCGUGAUACAAGAUGUUGGAAUUCGUCGAUAACUGGCAUAUGGAUUAUGUAGGUCAGGCAUGGGCUGAAAAAUUGUCCCGAAUAAUUAUUACGUUGUUUGGAAUCGUAGGAUUAGUUUACGGCUAUGCUAUUCAACAAUUUUCAAUGACUGUCUACAUAUUAGGAGUCGGUUUCGCAUUAGCAUCUUUGAUUACAAUUCCACCAUGGCCUAUUUAUCGUAAGAAUCCUCUAAACUGGCAGCCUGUCAAAAAUAGAGAUAAAGACAGUCAUUCCAAAAAGAGUAAAAAAACCAAAUGAGUAAAAUGAUGAUUUCAACCUCUAUAUUCACAGUAUUAGGGUUAAAAAGUUUUAUAUUUGGUUGGUAAAACAAUAAAAAUUCCAUUGUUGAAGACAA